UAAAUAGCACACGAUCGCUUUCGGUUUACAUACAAACGUUUUGUUUUGCUUUGCUUAAAAGAAGGCGCAGGCGAUGGAUGUGGAAAUAAGUCUGGACUUCGGAGGAACUCGUCGAACGAUUCAGCAAGCGUUCAUCAGUUGCUGCGAACAACUGCUUGAGAUAGCUCUGAUUUUGACCCAUGAAAGUUGCCAGUUUUUGCGCCGUUUGUGGGGCGGCUCAGGCCAGGAGUUUUCCCCAAACUGUCAAGAAGAUAUCGGCGAUGGUUCGCUGUCCAGCAGUCAAUACCAAAGCCACAGUCCCAGGAAAAGUGCACAAAAUAGGAAAACAGGAUCCAGGAUCUUGGCUGGCGAGGGUGACUACCUGCGGCACGAGAAUAACAUCAAAGCUCAACUUCCGCGUCUUGUGAGCGUGGCUUGCGGCUUUGCCAAGGAUCAGAUAAUACACUCGCAAUAUAAUCGGGGAAAGUUUGGUGAGGAUGCCUGGUUCAUGGCCUCCAAUCCACAGGCGUACAUAAUGGGCGUGGCGGAUGGAGUGGGCGGCUGGCGAAAUUAUGGCAUCGAUCCCGGCGAGUUCAGCAUGUUCCUAAUGCGAUCCUGUGAGCGCAUGUCACAUGCCCCGGAUUUUAUGCCGAAAAGACCAGAAGUACUGCUGGAACGAGCCUAUUACGAUCUCCUAGACCAAAAAUGCCCCAUUGUGGGCAGCUGCACAGCGUGCAUCCUAACUCUAAAUCGCGCCAACAGCACCCUGUAUACUGCAAAUAUCGGAGACAGUGGCUUUUUGGUGGUGCGAUCUGGCCAGGUGGUCUGCCGAUCGCAGGAGCAGCAGCACCACUUCAACACCCCCUAUCAAUUGGCAUCGCCGCCUCCGGGUCACGACAUCAAGGCACUAUCGGAUGGUCCCGAAGCGGCGGACACCAUCAAGUUCCCAACGCAACUGGGCGACGUCAUUCUGCUGGCCACCGAUGGCGUCUACGAUAAUGUACCUGAAAGCUUUCUCGUGGAGGUCCUUACGGAGAUGUCGGGCAUCUCGAAUCCCGUGCGGCUUCAAAUGGCCGCCAAUGCGGUGGCUUUGAUGGCCCGCACUUUGAGCCUCAAUCCAAAGCACGAUUCUCCGUUUAGUCAGAAUGCCCGGAAACUCAACAUCGAUGCAUCGGGUGGAAAACCGGAUGACAUUACGGUCCUAUUGGCCAGUGUCGUCUAGAAUUGCCACCCGGAGAAUCGAAAGGGAAACGCGGGUGCAAGCAGAUCGGAUAUCCGAGGCUACAUAAAACCAUGGAAGUCAGAACGGCCAGUUCCCAGCAGAUUUUACUGGCCAGUGUUGUUGGUAGCUGCUGUUCGGCGAAGUUGGCCCUAGAAAC